AGCUCACCACACAGCUGUUCCUUGCAGCCCUAGUCCUCCGAAGAGCAUCACUCCGCCUCAUCAGUCAAGGUCCAUUUUCUGCCUGCAUCCCGGUGCAGCCAUGCUGAGCACGGCAGUGCAGCUCUCGGUCCUGCUCGGCCUCCUUGGCUUUGGGAAAGGCCAGAUGUUUCACAUGGGACCAUGCCCAGAUCCACCAGUCCAAGAAGACUUUGAUAUCAACAAGUAUUUGGGGAAAUGGUACGAGAUAGAGAAGCUGCCCUCAAGUUUUGAGAAAGGAAGCUGCAUCCAGGCAAAUUACUCGCUGAAGGAGAACGGGAAGUUCAAGGUGAUCAACAAGGAGCUGCUUUCCAAUGGCAAAGUCAAUGAAGUCGAAGGAGAACUCAUGCACAUGGAUGUAAAGGAGCCGGCCAAGCUGGGUGUCCGCUUUAACUGGUUCAUGCCUUCUGCCCCUUACUGGGUCAUCUCCACCGACUAUGAAAACUACUCACUGGUUUACUCCUGCACCAACAUCCUCUGGCUCUUCCACAUCGACUACGCCUGGAUUAUAUCAAGAGCUCCCGAGAUGCACCCAGAAACCGUGGAGCACCUGAAGAGCCUUCUCCAGUCCUACAAGAUUGACACCGAGAAAAUGAUGCCCACGGAUCAACUUAACUGCCCUCCCGAGAUGUAACUCCCGGCACGCGGUGACACAGCACCAGACCAGCGAUGAACUUUGUUGCUUUCUUUAUUAUCCAUUAGAAUUUCUCUAUGUAACAGAGAAAUGUAAUAAUCCUUUCGCUAACGGUAGUUUGCCAGCCCUGAGUUACCCCUUGCUGUCAUUCCCUCUAUCACUCUCCCCGCUUUCUCGUCUCACUCUGACUUUUGUAGAGUAACUGAGUGAUUCAAAGCUAACGGGUGAAGAAAAGACGUGAAGUGCAGACGUGAAGCUCUGCUGUUGCUGUGAGUCCUCCAGUACGUGGAUGGGAAAGGGUAUGAGAUGUGAUGUGCAAGUACUAGUCCCAGGGGAAAACCUUUCAUCGUGUGCUUGCAGGUUUGUUUCCCAUUUUUGUCUUGGUGCUUCUGG